CACAUAGACUCAUAUUAAAACAUCCCACACAUGAGCUUUGGUUCUGUUCACUCCUGAAGCUUCCAAAGAGUCACAACUAACAUCCAAACAUGGGCGUCGACUACAGUGGGACAUGGGACGUUGUCAGCAAUGUCAACUUUGAGGGUUACAUGGUCGCACUCGGCAUCGACUUUGCAACGCGGAAGAUUGCCAGACUGCUGAAGCCUCAGAAGGUGAUCAAGCAAGACGGAGACUGUUUCACCAUCGGAACUUUCACCUCAUUCAGAAAUUAUGAGUUUUCUUUCAAAAUUGGAGAGGAGUUCAAGGAGGUAACAAAAGGCAUGGACAAUCGGACCUGCAAGACUACUAUCAACUGGGAAAAUGAUAAACUGGUGGGUAUUCAGAAAGGAGAAAAGAGAAACAGGGGCUGGACUCACUGGAUUCAGGGAGACGAGCUUCAUCUGGAACUCACUUGUGAAGAUCAAGUCUGCAAGCAAAUCUUUAAAAAGACUCAGUGAUCUCACCUUUUUAAAAACCAUUUCAUGUGUAUUAUUUCUGUGAAUGAAAUGCGUUGCAUGCUGUUUGCUGCACAUUUAAUAAAGAAUGCAGUGUUGUUGA